AUGAGUGUCAAUAAAAAAGUUCCAAAUGAUGGUAAAAUUAAAUUGGAAGCUGCAUUGGAUUUGGCAGGAUUUGGUCCGUACAGCUAUAUCAUGACAAGUUUGGCUGGUUUCAAUAUAAUUUCAUACGCUUGUAUUCUUUUCGCGUUUUCCAUCAUCAUACCUGCAAGCGCGUGUGAACUGAAGACCACCAACGCUCAACAAGGAUAUAUAGUAGCGGGACAAUUAUUCGGUGGAAUACUGGGUGGUGUUGUGGGUGGAUACUUGGGGGACAAGUUCGGACGGCGUCGGGUACUGCGUUUUACGCUCAUCUCGGGGGCUGUAAUCAACGGUAUCGCCAGCCUCUCUGUCAACUGGGUCAUGCUAUUGACUGUGGCAUCCCUCGCAGCAUUUUGCGCAGCAAGUAUAUUCCCAUUAGCUAUGAUCUUCCUCAGUGAGAGCGUUCCUAAGCGCAAAAUAAACCUACUGGUGUUGUUGGUUAACAGCGUUUUCAUAUUAUCUCAAGGUAUUCUGGCAGUAAUCGCCAUACCCAUUAUUCCGCUGCCCUUCUCUUAUUACAUUCCCGGUUUGGGCAUCUAUUGGAACUCUUGGCGGACUCUACUCCUCGUCUACUCUACACCAGGUCUUUUAGCUGCUCUUUGGCUGUGCUUCAUGUUGAAGAGCCCAAAAUAUGUGUUUGCACAAGGACGUGAAGAAGAAGCUAUAGAUAUUAUUAAAACUAUACACAGAUGGAACAAUGGAAAAUCAGCAACAGAAAUUCAAAUAAAGGGUUUGAGGUUAGAUGCGGAACAGCCUGUCGGACCGACGUCAUCGAAGGAUCAAAUCGUGCCACUAUUUAAAGGACCCCUUCUAAAAUACACCGUGAUCAUUACUAUAAUGUUUCUGUUACAACAAAUUGGAUCGUUCUCGGUCUGGGUGCCGACAAUUGCCAAUCAUUUCGUGAAGAUGGUGAAAACAAGAGGAGGCAUCGACAAGAGUCUGUGUAACGUUAUCAGAGAAAGCAUAGAAGCGCCAGUUGAUCCAGACGUCGCACCGUGCACCCUGAAUAUAACAUCACUACUGUUUGUAUUGUUAGUGGGCGCCAUGCAGUCUUUGUUUAACGCCUUGCUAAGUUUGGUGGUGAACAGAGUUGGCAACCGCAAUUUGGUAAUAUGCGUUACAGUUGUAUGUGGAAUGUCAGGCAUCAUAGUGAACCUCAUAUCUAAUGCCUACGCUAGCGUCGUUUUCUUCAUGAUCUUCUUGAGUGGUGGUUUGGUUUACGGAAUGUACGUGGCCAUUGCUGUUAAAUUGUUCCCUACACAUCUCAGAGCGCUGGCUGUAGCUUUGACCUCGACUGCAGGAACUAUUGGAAUGAUUGCUUCGGUACAGAUCCUUAAUCUGCUGCUCGUGACCAACUGCAAUGCUGGUUUCUAUUUAUUCAGUGGCCUUUUUAUUGCAUCAGCAUUCAUAGCUGCCUUAUUGCCGGAUGACAGAUAUUUAAAAGAAACGAACAAAGAAGAGAGUAAAGAAGAGGAACAAUUUGCACUCUCAAAUUAG